AUGUCAGACACUUCAGUAUCGAAAACUCCUGAAACCCUUCUUGAAGCUUCACAGAUCUCUGCUUCUGAAAGCCCUGAAGAAACCUCGGAGUCUCAAAGUAUAGCUGCAAACGAUCCCAAUCUCGAGAUGUCUGAAGGAGAUUCAGGAACAUCUGAUCGGAUCUUGGGCUUUGGAAAGCGCACUCUUCUACCUGGAUCCUGUUUGAAUGAAGAGUCAGCAGCUCCAGAGGUGCUUGCUGAGUUCUUCAUCGCACCGUCUACACCGGGCAGUACAUACGCAGUCCCCCAGACUCUCCCCCAUCAGCAUCAGCAGGAGGAAGUCAUCGUAGACAUACAGGGAGAAGUGGGAACGGCAUCAGAGACUUGUACAAAUGUAGAUGCAUUGGAAACCACGACAUUGAACCCGGACACAGCAGCUGCUGUAGGAUUGAAAUCUCCGUCAAACUUAUCGGUGGAUAAUCACGGCGCCAUCGACACAUGGUUGGACGGUGGAGUCGCCGAUGAUAGUGGCGUGAACUUCGAAUGGGAGUACGGCGAUAGCCCAUCAGGACCAUCGUCUUACGCAGCAUCGAUCGCUUCAAUAUUCUCGGUGGCGUCUCUAGCAUCCUCGGCAUCGGAUAUGUCUAGAGGUAGUGGUUACUCUGCAGUUCAGAUCGCGACAGCUACCAAGGUACUACUGGCAAUCUUCUACGAAGACGAAACUCUAUUGUCGCUGUAUAAGAGUGCCAUCGAAAACCAGGCUAUUGGACCGGCAAGGCUGCAAAGGAAUCUCCGACGACUGUUCCGAGCAUACGCGGGUCUCUUGGAAGGCGAAGCUACAGAAAGACUGGAGUAUCUGGCAUCGCGGCUUGUGCUCAUCAAGUCGGCUAUGCUAGCACAGUCCAUCGUUGAGAAGUUGCAAAAUGGCCGAGCAGCCUUGCCAUUAUCUCGCAAAGAACGCAACGAAGAGAGUUCCGACGAGGAAGAAGAUGUUGCGGAUGUACGCACGGUAAAUGAAGACGCCUUCGAGGAUUUGGCCAUCUUCCGCGAGUUCCUAGUGGAGAGCGAAGCUUUCAAGACAUAUCGUCUUCAACUGCAAGCAUUUAUAGUACCAAAAUCGACACAUUUGACGCACCUGGAGUCCGCGAGAAGUGAAGACAUAGCGAACGCGGCGAUAACAGAGGCCAUUGCAGGGCAAGAGAUGACCUCGACCUGGCAAGAUUGGCGCAACGACUCCAAGAAGAGCACCGGUGGCUUUUUUGGGGGCGCAUAUGGGAAAAUAACUGCGAGCAGUGUGUUGCUUCGUAUGACCGAUGCAUUCAUGUCAGCGACAGAUGACGUUAUGAUUGCGGCAGGUCUACUGGAACCGCUUCUGAGACCAGACACAGUGCGCCUUCGAUGGCAAUGCGUUCUGCAGCAGGAACGGAUCGAAGAUGUCACUACCGAUCGCGCAUUACUGUGCUUCUUGCGAAAGCAAUACCUCCGUCACCGUGGUCGCUUUCUCCACAUACUCUCGCUGAAGAGCGUCAAAGGCAUCUCCUUCGUCAAAUUCCGCCUUCCAAUCGGUGGCACCUUGAGGUUGAGGUACCCACAAUAUCAUGUGGCUGUCUCACCGGAGAUCGAGGUUGGUGUGGACGGUCUCAAGCAGAGGGUCGCGCAGAGUCUGUGCCAUCUUUUGCUUGAACGUUCGGGUGGAUUGGAGAACCUUGAGGUUGAGGUACCACAGUAUUCUGUGGCUGUCUCACCGGAGAUCGAGGCUGGUAUGGAUGCCCUCAAGGAAGAUGGCCUGGGCAGGCUCGGUGUCUUCUUUGCUUGA